GGCUCUUGAACAAUGCGGGGCAGAGGUUUUUCCAAGCGUCGUGUAAUUGGCCGCUUCUAAUUAAGAGAAGAGAGGCUGCGAGCUCUAUGGCAACCCGAGCGGGGCAGCUCCAGGCUAAAGGUACUUUAGCAUAAUUAGACCAUUCUAAGAAACGGAAUGCCUUGCUGGACACCCGAGCAGGCUCUCUGUCAAUGGAAGCGGUGUGUGCUGUACUUAGCCAGUGUUCUUGUGUGGAGAGGCAAGACCCUGCCUGGGAAAGUCUACUACAGACAGAGAAGGUGACCCCAGGAAGGCUUGUAGCGUUAUUAGAACGGCAUGUGGGCACCCCCGAAAGCCAAAGUGGACACCAACAGCUGGCUUGGAGUUGGACAACUUCAAAACUGCUGCAGUACUGCAGGGAACCAAAGUUACCCCAACCCUACUCCCUGCGCGGGUGGUGUUGAAUGCCUUGGGGUUCGGGAGCGGCGGUUUAGCUUAUUGCCCCGGUUUAAAACCGAGAGCUGGGAAUAUGAAGUCCCAUUUGUUUUCCCAGCUCUUGAUUGCUAACAAAUAAACAAAUCCCGCCGGCUAUGUUUUCUCCUCAUUCCAAAAUAGCAGCUCUAGAUCUGGCUUGUAUUAAGCCCUUCAGAAGUUUAUCGCAUUUGCCCUGGGCCGGGGAGGGAACAAUGCUAGGAAAAGUCACCGGUGCUCUUCCAUCCUCGCCCCUUCCAGCGUGCAGGAUGUGCGGGCCGGCGGGCCUGUGAUCCCGGCACGCUUCCUGCUGUCCCCUUGCGCGAACUUGAAAGGGCCGGGGAGGUGUUGAGAGCAGAGUUCAGGGCUGGUGCGCACUGCGGUGCGGAGUGGGCGGCGCGCCUGGGGCGCACAAGCUGGUGGACCUGAUAUUGCCCGGCUGCGGAUGGGGAAGGGGGUAGCAGGAGGGCUUGAGUCUGACUGGUGCUGUCGGUCACCCCUACGGUGGUGACCCUGGGGUUUCUCCAAUUCUUCAGGUAGGGCUGUGGAAGUCCCCUGGGGCUAAGGCCCCAGAGACCGAUUUGUCGUGUGGGUCUGGCUGCUGGGGGACUCGGCUGGCCCCAAGAGGCGUUUCUCCCCCGCACCUGGGGUUCCAGAGUAGUGGGGCUAAAGGAAGCGGCGUGGGAAGCCGGGCCCUCAGCCACCAGCUCCGGAGAGGGCCUACCCUUGGGGCCUCUGGGUGAUGUCAGCGCAAUUCUUGGGUCCAAAAGGAAAGUUUCUGCUUUUCCUUCUGGAGCGGGCAUUUCUGGGGGACUCGGGAAAAGAAGCUAAAGGAGACGCCAGACAACAAUUAAGGGAGGCAAAAACAAAGGCUUACUUGGGAGCAGGGGAGGGAAUGCCAUCUUAACGUUUUCUUGGAAAAGUUCGAGAGGGGCCUUCUUGACACAUUGCUUGAUAUCCCCAAACCAGAGAAUUAGCUUUCCCUCGUGCCUGGGGCUCAGAAGUCGCCUGUCGCCUGCUCGCUCAGCCCCUGAUUCGCAAGCAGCAUGGUGAGCCUGGGCACGGCUUCUAGGACCAGCAGCCUGCCAGUUGAGUGGAGCCCCAGGGGACGGGCGCUCAUUUCCAGGCUUGCUCUGGUUCCAACCUGGGACGCGUCCGUCGUCUCACUCCUAGGAGAACCCAAAAAGAGUCACUACUAGGUCCCGGGAUAGCGCGGCGCGCCUCACUUCCCCACGCACCUCUUUGAGGCCCUAGCUUUCCAAAGCCCGCAGUAUCCUCUUCUAGUGGCUCCCAAAUCCCUAAUUCAGCUGCACCAGGACACCUGAAAACUCUAGAAGACGCCUGGGCCUCGGGCAGCGACGUCCUUUCCCCCACUCAGGCUCUGUCUCUGGAUUUUUCAAGAGGGUCCCCACCCCAUGCCUCGGUCUUUUCGAUGUUGGAUCCCCGAGGUGGGCACAGAGUCCCUCUGAAAGCAGUUUCCUACCCGUGCACCUUAGGUUUGAAGUCAGAGUUUACUUUGUUGGGGAAGGGGAGGUACAACCGUCCCUGUCCCUAAAACAUGCCUCAAGACAGUAAUCCUAAGUUUUAGGAGAGCCAUAAACGUCUAGGGCUAUAAACAAAACUUCUGAACCCUCAGCCUUUCCUAAACCCCCAGGUUCCCCAAACCCUAGAGAUCUCUUAGGUGUGGGAUUGAGGUUGGCCCCGCUGGGAGGACUGAGCCCAACAUCCCUUUAUUUGCAAUUCACUGAGCCCAGUCUCCCGCGUCUGCUGGAGCCUCUUCUCCCGGGAUUCUCCCAAACUCCGGCUGACCCGCCCGGGUGUGAGCCCCAGCCCAGGCUCGGCGGCUCCGGAAGAGGCACUUCAGCUCGGCGGGUCCCGCUCGGCCCUCAGCCGCCAAGUGCUGUAAGUGACCCCCCACCCCCCUGACGGCCCAUUCCGAGGCCCUCAGAAGCUGAGCAAAAAAGAACUUUAUUUUAAAAGGAACAAGUCAUCCGAAAUGAGGCCACUGCGGUGAUAGAGUGGCCGGGCACUUUGGCAAUGGGGUGGGUGGGGGCGAUUUCUCUUUCCUUUGUGGUAAACAAACCAGAGGAAACUUCUGCCGGGCUGUGGGUUCCCCAUCCCCCCGCCCCACCCCCUGCAAACGCCACUGAUUAACUUAAAACAAACUCGGCUCCCUGUUUGUGCGCCACUGGGCGGCAGAGGCCAGGACGAGAGCCGGGCGCAGAGCCGGGCGCGCAGGGGUCUCACCGGACAGUGCGGGCGUGCAGACCUGCCCUGGCCCGUGGUGCCGCCCACCCGUGCGCCCAGGCCGGGUCGCAUGGAUGCGGAGUCCCGGGGAAGGGCCGGAUCAGUGUCUCAAUUUAAAAUGGUGAAUUACUCCUAUGAUGAAGACCUUGAAGAGCUCUGUCCCGUGUGUGGAGAUAAAGUGUCUGGCUACCAUUAUGGGCUUCUCACCUGUGAGAGCUGCAAGGGAUUUUUUAAGCGAACAGUCCAAAAUAAUAAAAGGUACACAUGUAUAGAAAACCAGAACUGCCAAAUUGACAAAACACAGAGAAAACGUUGUCCUUACUGUCGAUUUCAAAAAUGUCUAAGUGUUGGAAUGAAGCUAGAAGCGGUAAGGGCUGACCGAAUGCGUGGAGGAAGAAAUAAGUUUGGGCCAAUGUACAAGAGAGACAGGGCCCUGAAGCAACAGAAAAAAGCCCUCAUCCGAGCCAAUGGACUUAAGCUAGAAGCCAUGUCUCAGGUGAUCCAAGCGAUGCCCUCAGACCUGACCAUCUCCUCUGCGAUUCAGAACAUCCAUUCUGCCUCCAAAGGCCUACCUCUGAACCACGCUGCCUUGCCUCCCACAGACUAUGACAGAAGCCCCUUUGUCACGUCCCCCAUUAGCAUGACAAUGCCCCCUCACGGCAGCCUGCAAGGUUACCAAACAUAUGGCCACUUUCCCAGUCGCGCCAUCAAGUCUGAGUACCCCGACCCCUACACCAGCUCCCCAGAGUCAAUAAUGGGCUACUCCUACAUGGACAGUUACCAGACGAGCUCUCCAGCAAGCAUCCCACAUCUGAUACUGGAACUUUUGAAGUGUGAACCAGAUGAGCCUCAAGUCCAGGCCAAAAUCAUGGCCUAUUUGCAGCAAGAGCAGGCUAACCGGGGCAAACACGAAAAGCUGAGCACCUUUGGGCUUAUGUGCAAAAUGGCAGAUCAGACCCUCUUCUCCAUCGUGGAGUGGGCCAGGAGUAGUAUCUUCUUCCGAGAACUUAAGGUUGACGACCAAAUGAAGCUGCUUCAGAACUGCUGGAGUGAGCUCCUAAUCCUCGACCACAUUUACCGGCAAGUGGUACACGGAAAAGAAGGCUCCAUCUUCCUGGUUACUGGGCAGCAAGUGGACUAUUCUGUCAUAGCGUCCCAGGCUGGGGCCACCCUCAACAACCUCAUGAGUCACGCGCAGGAGUUAGUGGCAAAACUUCGUUCUCUGCAGUUUGAUCAACGAGAGUUUGUGUGUCUGAAAUUCUUGGUGCUCUUCAGUCUAGAUGUCAAAAACCUGGAGAACUUCCAGCUGGUGGAAGGUGUGCAGGAACAAGUGCAUGCGGCCCUGUUGGACUACACGAUGUGCAACUACCCGCAGCAGACAGAGAAAUUUGGGCAGCUACUCCUUCGACUACCGGAAAUCCGGGCCCUCAGCAUGCAGGCGGAAGAAUACCUCUACUACAAGCACCUGAACGGGGACGUGCCCUAUAACAACCUCCUCAUUGAAAUGCUGCAUGCGAAAAGAGCAUAAGUCACAACCCCUGGGGGCGGGGGGGACAGGUAGGGGAAGAACAACGAGAAAGUACUCUGAACGGCUCCAAGCAACGUUAAUUAAAAACUUGGUUUAAGGAUAUUGAAUUUAAAAAGGCAUAAUAAUCAGAUAUUUAAUGGCAACAAAAUGACGCAUCAGGGUAUAUGCAUUGCAAACUGUGAAUCAAAGGCUUCACCUCCCCACAGGAUUCCACAUAAGAGACAUUGGAGUGGACUGGACCCACAGAUGGACACGGACGCUAUUAGAAUAAAAACGGACACAGCAGUUCUUGUAUAUUUAAACUGAUCUCCGCUAUGAAGAAAUUUAGGAGCUAAUCUGUUAUUAAUUAGGCUUAAACACUGGGGGGAUCUAAGCUCACAGAAUGCCUCCCUGGUAAAGCUGACCUGAAACAGUUCUCAAGAAAGCCUCUGCUGCACCUACCCCAGCCCCUCCCUCGUCCUCGGAAGGCCCCGGCACCUUCUGCCCCGUGACCGCGACACCUGCGCUCAGCCGCACCCCAUGGUAGCACCACCGAGUCAGGAAAAGCCUAAUUCUGAAUGUCUGUGUCUUAGACCUGCAAAUAAGAACAGUCUAUUACUAUGUUAGCUUGCCAUUUUAAGUAUGUGCUGAAGUUUGUUUUGUCACGUGUUCAUAAUGUUAGGGGGGGAAAAAAAGGCAGUAUCCCUCUUCUGUCUUCUACAAGCAUUAAUCUAACUUUUAAAGCAAAUGCUCUAUAGCUAAAGCAAGUUAGGCCUUAUUUCUGCCGCUGAAGUGUGGCUUUGGCAUUUUUGGAUCCCAUAAAAAUUUCUAGCAAAAAGGCAUAUUAGGCCGGGUGCGGUGGCUCACGCCUGUCAUCCUAGCACUCUGGGAGGCCAAGGUGGGUGGAUUGCUCAAGGUCAG